AUGGCGGCUUCUAGUGGUGGUCCAAUAUUUUUAAAAUCAAUCAAUUCAAGUGGCGUUGUGAAGGGUGGAGAAUAUAUAGCUAAUUUGUUCAUUAAAUCAAUUGAGGAAGUUGGUGCAAGUAAUGUUGUUCAAGUUAUCACCGAUAAUGCAAGUAAUAUGAAGCUUGUCGGUUCUACGGUUGAGCAAACUUAUCCACAUAUAUUCUGGACACCAUGUGUUGUUCAUAGUUUGAACCUUGCACUAAAAAACAUGUGCCAACCUUCCGAAAAAUCAACUCAAUUUAUAAAUUGCAAAUGGAUUUUAGAUUUGAUUGGUGAAGUUAGUAGCUUGAAAAAUUUUGUGUUGAAUCAUGAUAUGGCUCAUGCUCUUUUUCAAAAGCAUUCAGCGUUGUCUUUGUUGAAAGUUGCUGAAAUGAGAUUUGCAUCUCAUGUUGUCAUGGCUAGUCAUGUUCAUCAAGUGAAAGCAUCUUUGGAAAGAAUGGUAAUGGAUGAUGAUUGGAGAAACUAUAAGGGAGAUAAAGUGAUUGAAGCUAAAACGCGUGAAAUUAAAUCCCUUGUAAUGAAUGACGAAUGGUGGGAUAAGAUUGAGUACUUUUUAAAGUUUACCGAACCAAUUGUGUCUAUGCUUAGAAGUGCCGAUCUUGAUGCUCCAAAGUUGCAUCUUGUUUAUGAUAUGUGGGAUACAAUGAUCGAAAAAGUGAAAGCAAUUAUCUUUGAACAAGAGGGAAAUGAUCUUAUUGUCGGGCAAUCAUACUUUUUUUAUACAAUUCAAGAAAUUCUUGUUGUUAGGUGGAAUAAGAGUAACACCCUUUUACAUUGUAUGGCACAUUCUUUGGUACCAAAAUACUACCAUGAAUCAUGGCUUAAAGGGGAAGGCAAUGGGGUUCGAAGGCUUGCUCCAAAUGAGAAUAGAGAGAUUUCCUUAAAUAGAGUUAAAUACUUUCAAAGAUACUUUAAAGAUUCAAAUGAUCUAAAACAAGCGUCUUUGGAGUAUGGAGUAUUCGCAAGUGGUAGUGGUUUCUUUAGCGAGACUCAUGUGGUUGAGGCUAUGAUGUAUGAGGAGCCUCUAUCUUGGUGGGCUAACCAUAGUGUAAACGCUCUACUUUUGCAAAGCUUGGCAUACAAAUUGCUUUCACAGCCGGCUUCUUCUUCUUGUUGCGAAAGGAAUUGGAGCACCUAUUCGUUGAUCCAUAGUAUCAAAAGAAACAAGUUAGAAACUUCUAGAGCCGAAGAUCUAGUUUUUAUGUACUACAAUCUUUGCUUGUUUUCUCGUCAAAAAGAAACAUAUACAAGUGGCCCAAGCAAGUAUUGGGAUGUGGUGUAUGUGAAUCCAUUUGUCAUUGGCAAAUACCAAGCAGUACUUAUCAAGCUCUCACCAGGCGCCGGGGCAAAAGCCAGGAAAGAGUCCAAUCCCGUGAAGCCAUCAGUCUGGGGUUCUUCUCUUUGA